GGGAUUUCCUUUCCCCCUGCCGGGCUGUGUGACCGCCUUACGUCGUUAUGUGACGGAGGAGCAGAGCCGUGGACACCGCUGGGAGGAACAGCACGCACUAUAUACACGUGAGGCGGAAAGUUUGCCAUGUUCAGAGCCAGUGUUUCCAUCAGAGCACCGCGGCGGCUGUAAAGGGAGAUGUGUCCGCACGCCGUCGGAAAAGUUUAAAAAGCUAAAAGAGAAGGCGUCAUGAUCAUCUUCAGCUGCUUUUCUUGAUUUUCUGCACGCUUUACAUUUGAACUGCUACCAAAGCGACCCGCGACUGGCGGAACUAAACAGGCUCUGCCAUGUUCCCUGAUGCCCUGGAUGCAGCCGGCCGGGUGGAAGGCCUUUCACUGUCCUCUCCACAGCUGCCCCACCUGGAUGAGGAGGAGGACAGCGAAACAUCGGCAGAGAGGGGGCCGAAGAGACGAGGCCGCUACCGCAAAAGCCUGCAGCUUUUAAAGCCCUUCAGGAUAACACACAAGCAUCAGCACCCAGUUGACAAUGCCGGCCUCUUCUCUUUUAUGACUCUGCAAUGGCUCUCCCCGCUGGCACUGAAGGCCUACAAGCAGUCCAGCUUGUCUUUAGAUGAUGUGUGGGGAUUGUCUUGCCACGAAGAAUCAGGGGUCAACUCUCAAAGACUCGAGUUUUUGUGGCACAGUGAGCUGAAAAUGCGUGGACGAGAGGGGGCAUCGCUGACAAGAGUUUUCUGGAGGUUCUGCCAAACCCGGAUGCUGGUGGCGAUCUUCUCUCUCCUCCUCACAAUGGUGGCAGGCUUCGUUGGACCUGCUCUGCUGGUCCGAGAACUCCUGGAAUAUUCCCAGAGCUCCCAGAUUUCCGUGCAGUACGGCCUGGCUCUGGUAGUCGGGAUCUUCCUCAUGGAGCUGAUGCGCUCCUGGUCUCUGGCGCUCAUGUGGGCUGUAAACUACCGCACCGCUGCGCGCCUCCGUGGGGCAGCACUUACAUUUGCUUUCCAGAAGAUCCUCCGCCUGCGCAACACUAAAGACAUCACCCCAGGCGAGCUGAUCAACAUCUGCUCCAGUGAUGGCCAGCGGCUGUAUGAAGCGGUGUCAGUGGGCUGCCUGCUGGCUGGAGGGCCCUUGGUGGGAAUACUCGGCCUUUCUUACACUGCCUACUUCCUGGGCCCCACAGCUCUGCUGGGAUCAGCCAUUUUCAUUGUCUUCUACCCAACUAUGAUGCUCGCGUCGAGGCUGACGGCGUAUUUCCGCAGAAAGUGCGUGGCGGUCACUGACCGCCGGGUGAGGCUCAUGAACGAGAUUCUGGGCUGCGUAAAGUUCAUCAAGAUGUACUGCUGGGAAGACGCGUUCUCUCAGAACGUUCACAAGGUGCGAUCAGAAGAGAGGAGUAUACUGGAGAGAGCCGGGGUCGUCCAGAGUCUCACAGUGGGAGUGGCUCCUAUAGUCGUCGUGAUAGCCAGUGUGUGCACUUUCACCCUGCAUAUGGCCUUGGGCUAUGACCUCACUGCAGCUGAGGCUUUCACUGUAGUUGCUGUUUUCAACUCCAUGACCUUUGCCCUGAAAGUCACACCUCUGGCUGUAAGAUCCCUGUCGGAGGGGGCUGUCGCAGUCAGUAGAUUUCAGAGGCUCUUCAUGAUGGAGGACAGAGAGAUGAUUUUAGCCAAAACAGAGGAUCCAAACAACGCAGUAGAGUUUCUGGACGCCACUCUGGCCUGGGAGAAGGCGCGGCCCCCUGUUAGAAAGUCAAAUCCGCCUCCCAAGAAGCGCAGUGGGAUACAGCGAGUGCUGCGCAGGGAGAAGCUCAGCCUCUACAUUUCCACAGACAACAACAAGGCAAGUCAAGAUGCUCCCAAUGGGCAAAGUCUCCUCACAAACAUGGAGCAGGAGAGCCCGCAAAGCACCAUCUCCUCCACCCAGAGCAUACGUCCGCCGCUGCACAAGACCCUGCACCGCAUUAAUCUGCGAGUCAAAACGGGAUCCCUGGUUGGAAUCUGUGGAAGUGUCGGAAGUGGGAAGAGCUCACUUCUGUCGGCUUUACUUGGACAGAUGACUCUGGUAGAAGGUAGAGUUGCCACAAGCGGUGGCUUCGCUUACGUUUCCCAGCAUGCCUGGAUCCUCAACGAAUCUCUAAAGGAGAACAUCUUGUUUGGAAAUGAGUUUGACUCAGACAAAUACAAUGCCGUGCUGGAAGCAUGCUGUCUUCUCCCAGAUCUUGCUGAACUUCCAUAUGGAGAUAUGACUGAGAUUGGAGAACAAGGCGCUAACCUGAGUGGCGGGCAGCGUCAGAGGUUGAGCCUGGCUCGUGCUCUCUACAGUGAGAGACCCGUACUCCUCCUGGAUGACCCACUCAGUGCAGUCGAUGCCUGCGUGGGGUCACACAUCUUCAGCAGGGCCAUUCGUGGGGCGGCCAAAGGGAAAACUGUUCUGUUUGUAACACACCAGCUGCAGUAUCUACCCGAGUGUGAUGAUGUCAUCCUGAUGAAGGACGGGCAAAUUGUUGAGCACGGCCACCAUGCACAGCUAAUGAGUAAAGAGCGUGACUACGCUACCUUAUUCAACAGCAUGCAACAGGAGAAUAUUGUGAAAGAGAAUUUAAAGAAUAAACUGAGGAAGGAAGCUGUGAAAACAGUUGACAGCUCUGCUGAAGUUGCCAAGGUUGAGCCAAAGGUGGAAAGCAAGCGCAGAGAGCAUCUGAUGAAGGCAGAAGAAAAAGGCUCUGGUGCAGUCGCCUGGUCGGUUUAUGGAGCAUACAUUAAAGCUGCAGGAGGGCCACUGGUCUUUAUCAUCAACAUCGUCUUCUUCCUUUCAACAACCGGCAGCAUAGCCUUUAGCAACUGGUGGCUGAGCCACUGGAUCAGGCAGGGCAGCGGGAACACAUCAUUAAUCUCUGCAAAUGAAACGACGGAGAGCAACAGCAUGAGGCUCAACCCCCAUAUUCAGUAUUACUCCACUGUUUAUGUUGUCUCCAUGGGAGCAGCGUUAUUUCUGAAGACUGUGAGGGGGUUGGUGUUUGUCAAGUGCACCAUGAAGGCCGCCUCUGCUCUCCAUGACAAGCUGUUCCACAGGCUCCUUCUCAGCCCAAUGCGGUUCUUCGACACGACGCCUUUGGGUCGCAUCCUGACCCGCUUCUCCAGGGACAUGGACGAGGUGGAUGUGCGUCUGACCAUGCAAGCUGAAAUGCUGCUGCAGAACCUGACUCUGGUGCUGUUUUGCCUGGGGAUGGUGGGCAUGGUCUUCCCCUGGUUCUUGAUCUCCAUCUUACCCCUGGGUGCCUUCCUCUGUGUCAUCAAUCGUAUCUCCAGAGUUUUCAUUCGCGAGCUGAAGCGCCUGGAGAACAUCAGCCAGUCACCGUUCACCUCUCAUAUAACCAGCAGUCUGCAGGGACUUUCCACCAUACAUGCGUAUGGAAGAGGGCACAGCUUCCUCGACAGAUACCAGGAGCUGCUGGACACCAACCAGGCCACCAACUACCUCUUUAGCUGCGCUAUGCGCUGGCUGGCUGUUCGCCUGGACCUCAUCAGCAUCUCCCUUAUCACUGCUGUGGCACUUCUGAUUGUCUUCAUGCAGAGUCAGAUACCUCCAGCCUACGCAGGCCUGGCUAUCUCAUAUGCAGUGCAGCUGACCGGCCUGUUUCAGUUCACUGUGCGGCUGCUCUCCGAGACCGAAGCUCGCUUCACAUCGGUUGAAAGGAUAAAUCAUUAUAUAAAGAGUCUUGACAGUGAGGCGCCCAGACAGAGUCCUGAGGCAGCCGCUCCUGCCCCCUCCUGGCCUCAGCAGGGAAAGAUCAGCUUCCAGGAUGUGGACAUGCGCUAUCGGGAUCAUCUGCCACUGGUGCUUAAGAACCUGUCAUUUACCGUUCUCCCCGAAGAGACCGUCGGCAUCGUAGGCCGCACAGGAUCAGGGAAGUCCUCUCUGGCUGUGGCUUUGUUCAGACUUGUGGAGCUCAGCACAGGCUCUAUAGUCAUUGAUGGGAUCGAUAUUGCACAGAUUGGCCUGGAUGACCUGCGGAGCAAGCUGGCCAUCAUUCCCCAGGAGCCAGUACUCUUUAUUGGGACCGUCAGGAGCAAUUUAGACCCGUGGGAUCAAUACUCUGACUUGCAGAUCUGGGAAGCUCUUGAGAAAACCCACAUUAAAGAAAUGGUCUGCCAGCUGCCUCAUUCCCUCUACGCGGAGGUGACGGAGAACGGGGAGAACUUCUCGGUGGGAGAACGGCAGCUCCUCUGUGUAGCCAGGGCCCUCCUGAGGAACAGCAAGAUUCUUAUUCUGGACGAGGCUACGGCGGCCAUCGACACAGAGACGGAUCGUCUGAUCCAGGAGACGAUUCGCACUGCGUUCAACAACUGCACAACUCUCAUCAUCGCACAUCGUCUCAACACAGUGAUGAGCUGCAGCAGGGUCAUGGUCCUGGACAAUGGCCAGAUUCUAGAGUUCGACUCGCCGGCAGCCCUGCUCGCAAAUGAAAACUCAAGAUUUGGAGGCAUGAUAGAGGCGUCAGAAAGCAGCCAAAGCAGAUAAAAUAAAACACUCUGAAGACGACAGCCGUGAUCCUGAAAAUAUAUGCAAAUACAUCAUUUACAUGAUACACACACACAAUCAUAAUGUGAAGGAAAAUAAUGGGUUGAUAUCAGUUCUCGGGGUAACACUUUUUAUUUGCCACAUUAAAGACCCAGGGACUAUAUUUAAACCUUAAACUCAUCAAGCAUCAGUAUACAGUAUAUAUCAGUAAAUUAGGAUUCAGCUAACUCUGGCUGUUUGUUGCUGUCAAGGCCAAAUAAUUAACUCAGACAAUAGCACUUUAUGUUUGAUGUGGUGCUUCCUUUUUCUUUGGAGGUCAGUUAAUCAGUUUUAGUUUUUUUGUUCUAUUACUCAAACCUCAGAGAGCAGGAAUGUACCCAUUAAUCAGAGAAAAACGUAAUAUCUCAUGUUUCAUCCGUAUGUUUUCCAAGAAUGUAUUAGUUUGUUAAAUAUUUAAGACCAUGUUUCAACAAAAAUCACCUGUUGUUCAUUCCCAUCAGGUACUGUUUGCUAAAAGUAGGAAUCUUUUUUUGGUGUAAUUUUAGUUUUUUUUUUAGUCUUGUGCUGUUAACACUUUCAGGUUUUAUGAAGGAGUCAGCCAUGUCGGCACGCUUUUUAUGACUACUUUCAUGUACAGUACUGUGAUUUGAACUGAGCUAAUGUUUCCAAAUGCUGGAGUUUAAAAUCUGCACCUUUUUAUUGCGUUUGUUGUAAUCUGGAGGGACAGUAUGUAAUGUUUUCACAAGACUGAGGAUUUUAGAUAUUUGCCUUUUAGUAAAGUACGUGCUGAACAAUCAAGAAAAGUGCAAUAAUACUUUUUCAAGAUUGCCUUUAUACACUUGAGAUUGUAAUGCUGCAAUAAUUUUAUUAAAUGUCAGAUUUUUAAUAUAAUGUUUUUUAAUAAAAUGUUUACAUAAA